AGUAAUAGAUUUGUUACAAUUGUAAUAGCAUCGGCAACACUGUCUAAGGGACAGAUGCCUGUUUUGUAAACUAAAAUUUUGACAUAUGACAAUGACGUGUCAAAUUGUCAAAACGACAAAGAUAUAAGUAAGGUUAGCUCUUUAUUUGGGUCAAAAAAGUGGAAUUUUGUAUGAACUUACUAGAGAUUCUUGCAAAAAUGCCAAAAUCUUAGACACUUACAUCCAUACAAUCAGAUAUGUACGCGAUUUGAAGCAUGUUUUCAAACCAUACUUUCUACAGUUCUAUUUUUAAAACUUAACCAACCCCAAUAUUUAACAGAUGUGAUAUCCGUCGACUUUUCAGAAGAAGACCAUGGACAAAGAGAAAGACGAUAGAAAAUUCACGUGGUCCGAGCUGAAAGGGGUCGUUAGCGAUCUCAGAAGACAAUUGUCCAGUUUAUCCACCAUGGUACCAUCUUCAAUAACGUUCAGAACGCUUCCAGAUGGUCGUACGAGAAUAUACUUCCUGAGUACCCCUCAGAACGGGUGGGAAACAACACUGCUCUUCGCUGAUAUACCUAAUACCAAUCAACCUACUAGCUUAAGACUAUUGUGGCAGUGUGUGAUAGAAAGUAAUUUUCCUAGUAUAUCAUCUUCAAACAAGUUUUCUAGGGAAGAACAAUUGUUGUGGGAAAGAAAGAGGAUGACUACGUGGGGUAUUAAUUCGUAUGAAAUCCAUAGCGACUCGGGGAAAAUUGUUUUUCCUGCAGCAAGUAGUUUGUUUCAGUGCAUAGAUAAUGGCUAUACGAAUGGCCAAUUAUUUCCAACAAAACUGCGCAUGACCGCAUCCGGAGCGAAGAUUAAUUCCCAAAUAUGCCCUUCGAAUCCAGACUUGGUAGCUUAUAUUUGUAACCACGACAUUUGGGUGACGCAUACUGUCUCAGGCUCAAAUGUCAGAUUGACGUUUGCGCAUAAGGGUGGCCGAAAUUUGGCGGACGAUCCUCUUUGCGCCGGAGUACCUUCGUACGUCAUGCAAGAGGAGUUUUCCAGGUACCAGGGAUACUGGUGGCAACCAACGUGUACUGGUGGAGUAUACAGGGUUCUGUAUGAAGAAGUCGAUGAAGGAGACGUGAAAGUUUUUUGCUUUCCUUCUUCGCAGUCGGAUUCCGGGGAAGUGGAAGAAUUUAGGUUUCCCAGGGCGGGGUGCGCAAAUUCUAAGUCAUACUUGAAGAUGAUCGAGUUUAAAGUCAACGAGCAUCUUCAAAUCGUCGACGUGUGCAUGCUGGAGUUGCAAUUUUCGCUGUCUCUGCUGUUCCCGUGGAUGGAAUACGUAGUCAGGGCUGGAUGGACGCCUAAUUCAGAAUAUAUAUGGGUUCAACUUUUGGACAGGCGACAACAAAGAUUAGAAUUAGUAUUACUAUCUCUUAGCAAUUUUACCGAAGUUCUUCCGAUGUACGAAGAUUCUACAAUAGUGCACCACAGUAGUCCCGUGGUACAAGUCAUUUACUCGCAAGAAUCCAACAUUUGGGUCAAUGUACACGAUUUGCUGCAUUUUUUGCCAUUGACUGACAAUAACGAGGUGCAGUUUAUCUGGGCCUCGGAGGAAAGCGGUUUCCGCCAUCUUUAUUUGAUCUCUGCGCAAAUAAUGCCCUACACGAACGGUAUAGCGGAAACCACCGAGACCAUGGACUACGUUUUCCUGCAACCGAAAAUAUUGUCGAAGGUCGCGUUGACACAAGGAGAUUGGGAGGCGUUGGGACAGAAUUUAUGGGUCGACAACGAUAGACAACUGGUGUAUUUCAUGGGUUUGAAGGAGACGCCGUUGGAGAAACAUUUGUACGUGGUGUCGUUGAGAAGGCCCGGAGAAGUGCGACUGUUAACCAGACCUGGGUUUUCGUAUGCAGUCGAUUUCAGCAAAGACUGCUCCAUGAUCGUAACGGUAUACAGUAACAUCCAAAAACCGCCGGCAUGUCAGGUUUUUCGAAUAGUGCACGCCGAUUGGACGGUCGAGGGCGUGACGUUGACUCCAUUGGGCUAUUUGAUGGAAUCAAUACCUCUAGUCAACGAGUGUUACUCCCCUGAACUAUACACGCACGAGAUCAGUUCCGGGCAUGUGCUCUACGCCAUGGUAUUCAAGCCGCACAAUUUCGAGUUCGGUAAGAAAUAUCCUACCGUGUUGAACGUAUACGGCGGACCCGAGGUGCAGUUGGUGUCCAACACUUUUAAGGGCAUGCGGCAGUUAAGGAUGCACAUGUUGGCCGCCAGGGGUUACUGCGUGGUAGCUAUAGAUUCAAGAGGGUCCCAACACAGGGGCUUGCAAUUCGAAAGUUACAUCAAAAGACGGAUGGGCACUGUAGAAUUGAAGGAUCAGAUAGAAGUAUUGAAAUGGUUGUCGGAAUCGCUGCAUUAUAUCGAUUUGGGUCGAAUCGCCAUACACGGUUGGUCGUAUGGCGGCUACCUGAGCCUUAUGGGGCUGAUAAACCAUCCGGACGUUUUUAAAAUAGCAAUAGCCGGAGCUCCGGUAACGAAUUGGAGCCUCUAUGACACUGGCUACACGGAACGAUACAUGGACUUACCGGAACACAACCCCGAAGGUUAUUACGAAGGCAACGUUUUGAAUUACAUUAACAAAUUUCCCGAAGAAGAAAAUCGACUGUUGAUCAUCCACGGGUUGAUAGAUGAGAACGUGCACUUCUAUCAUACGAGUCAGUUGAUCAAUAGUUUGAUAAAAGCCGGUAAACCGUACCAGUUGCAGAUUUAUCCUAACGAAAGACAUUCAUUGCGGCAUUUGGACGCCAGCAAGCAUUACGAAACCACUUUGCUGUCCUUCUUACAAAACCAUUUGUAAUUAUAGAGGAAACUACGAAACUGUAAAUGAAAAUUUAUUUUACUUAUCUAACGCAGUAUCUCCGGUUUUUCUCUUCUAAUGAUUACAUUUUCUAAGAAAUCCGUUUGUAACUAGUUACCCGCCUUACGUGCUUUUAGUAAUUCGGAAAAAUACGUUCGAAUUUUAACGAAUAUUCAGUAUUCUGGUUUUCGAAGCCUUUUUAGCAAUAUUAGGAAAUUUUUAGAGCCGAUUUAGAUUAUCCUGAAACCGUUUGUAAAAUUGAAACGAUUUCUUGCAGUAUUUCUAAAAAACCGUUUGUAAUUCGUGUUCGUCGAAAAAUUGCGUUGAAUAAGUCUCAACCGUUUAUAACGAAUUUUAUUUUUACAAAAAUCGUUUGUAUGAGAGACUGAUUUUCGAAAUUCGUUUUGUAACAUUUUGUAGCGAUAUUGAGUUUUUUAGGGAAUCGUCUAUUUAUAAUAUAAUUAAUGAGUGGAUUACAAAAUUAAUUGUAGGAAACUCUAGAUGACGUGUAAACAUUUUAUUGCCAAAUUAAUUUCUUCGCAAAAACAGUUCGUAAGAUAUUUUACGAUUAAAAACUUUUAGAAAUCUAUUUUUGCUGGUUAAAAGGUAAAAUAAAUUUUGAUAUCCAAGUGAUACGAAUUUUAUCGGAAAUAAUUCUACAUUAAUUCAAUUUACAGUGAGACUUCACACUACUUUAUAUUAUUAAUUUACAUUUGGCGCUCAACGUGGGGCUUCAAUAAAAAAGUUUUACUUAUAGUGCAAAAUUUUUGAGUCUCCCUGUAUAACUUUUCUAAAAUAGACUAUCGGAAAGUACUUAUAUUUUUUUUGUACGAAAAAUGUAUUAGUAAGUGUCAAAGACCUUUUUUGUACUGAAACCCAAAUAAAUUUGCGUAAGUAUUAAAUGAAUUGAUACAGAAUGUUUAUAUAAAUGUAUAAGUAUAACCGUAACAGCAUUGUUGUACUUUUUCGAUGUUUAAAAAUGUUAAUUUUUUUCUUUUUCGAAAAACGAUUCUCAACAGAAAAUCACAUUGUUAAUUUAAUUAUUACAUGGUGUUUUGGAAUAGCGUGACUCUAACGGUUAAAAAAACUAUUAUUUUUAUUUAAUAACGUAAUUAUAAUCUGUUUGGGCUAACAGUUUUCUAUCUUGGUUUGUUUCAUUAAUAUACACAAUUGGCGGAGUAAAAUCGGAUUGUUUUUCAGUUGUUUAACUUUUCUGGUUAGAAUUUUAAUUUCUUUUAUUGUUCUACUUUUUCCUUCUUCUAAUUGUACUAUGUCCCGUAUCAUGUUACACAUAUUUACUUACAUCCCAAGUAGUUGCCGUUUCAAACUGUUUUGUUGUUUUUUAAAUUUCAAUACUGGUUAAUCCCGUUUUAAUUUGAAUUUAGCACUCUUGGGCGCCCAACGUGGGGCACUUUACAAUUUUGUGGAAUAGGUAAAUAAAGGUCUAUUCCAACACGCGAGAAAACCGUAAUAUUACCGUACAAAUCAUGCGCUCUACGCAAAAAUUGUACACAGCGCAUGAUUUGUACGGUAAUAUUACGGUUUUCGUACGUGUUGAAACAAAUCUUAAAUAUCCGUGUACUCGAUAUUGGUAAUAAAUAUGCAUUUUUUGACAGUUUUUCGGAGACACGCUACUCCCGGUGUUUGCAGGCAUUGUCGGAUGCUAAUUGGUUGAUUAAUUACGCGCUUCUAUUUUUUAUCAAAUAACCCUG